GUCGUGAUUUUACUUGCUCUCGUCGUGGGAUCUUUUGCAGGUUAUAUUUAUCCUGGUCCCGUUGUCGCUCCUGCCCCUGUAGGUCACGUUGUCGCUCCUGCCCCUGACAUUGACGUUCCCAUACCUUACGACACUGGCUAUGAUACCGUCGACGAGUUCGGAACCAGGCUGGCACGCCAGGAGAGUGGUGAUGGUGCCGGUAGGGUAACUGGCUCCUACGGUUACUGGGACCCUUGGGGCACCUAUCGUCAAGUAGAUUACACCGCAGAUGAGGGAGGUUUCCGUGCCUCAAUUUCUACUAAUGAGGCCGGCACAGCAAACCAGAACCCCGCCGAUGUCGAGAUCAAUUCUGCAGCUGCCCCUGCUCCAGCUCCUGCUCCUGCCCCUGCUCCAGUUCCCGUAGUAAAGAAGGUGGCCGUUGCUCCAGUUGUUCCAGCUGUUCCAAACAUUCGUGUAGCUGCACCUAGUGUUCCAGCUCUUAAAGCCGCCUAUCCCUAUCCAUCUUAUCCAGAAGACUGGAGAAAGUCUUGGGUGUCAUAA